AGCUUUGUGAGGACGUCCAUCAGAGAGAUCUACAGAGCUGGCAGCAGUCACAUGAUCCCCGGUCUGCUGAGGUCACUGGGUCAUGUGAUCAACCUGAGCUGCACGGAGCUGGACUCAGAGGAUGCUGCUGCUCUGCUCUUCAUCCUCAGACACGGUGAUGGAAUUAAGCUGAAGCUGCUGUGGAGCUCCAUCCCUGCAGAGGGAACACAGUCCAUCCUCAGGAUGCUGCGCACAGUUUCUGAUCUCAGCGUGGACAGGAAGCAGCUGCUGAGCUUCAUCCGCUGCUGCGCUACCUCUGACGGCCAGCAGGAGGCGUCGGACCUGCUGAGGACUCUGCAGCACAGCUUGGACCUGUCCCUCUCCUCCUGCAUGGAGGUACCAGAGGAGGAUCAGCCUGAGCCUCUGAGGGUGAUGGCUGCCGACUGCAGGGCCGUCUCCAGCAUCCUGAGACGCAGCAGCAGGGACACACAGCUCCACCUGAGAGACUGCGAGGUGGAGGACAGCGGGCUGGACUUGCUGUUUCCUGUCCUGGACAGGGUCCGUCUCAGAGUCAGUAAGACGGUCCUGGUCCAGCUGCUGUCCCUGCUUCCUGUGGACUGUGAGAGGGACACAGUGAGACGGGCCGUGUCCCUGUGCAGAGCCCUGGGAGGAGAACUGGACCUGAGUCACGUCCCACUGGAUCAGAGGAUCUGUGGAUCUCUGGUCCUGAUGCUGGACCACUCUGAAGGUCUAACAGAGCUGGACCUCAGUCACUGCCAGCUGACAGACCAGCUGCUGCUCCAAGUCAUCGCACAUCUGCACAAAGUCCAGGUCCUGGAUCUGAGUCACAAUCAGAUCACCGAUGCUUCCACUGCUCCGUUACUCCAGCUGGUCUCCAUCAACCCCUCCAUUGGUCCUGUGAGACUCUUCAGCAACAACAUCUUCAACAAAACUCCUUACAAGGUCAACAGGAAGUUUGAAGUCUGGUGAAGCAGCUUUCAGUCAGCUGGUCAUGUGACCAACAGGAAGUGCCUUUCUCCGGGUUUAUCAAGA